AUGGCCGCGCCAAAGAUUACGCUGUACGUCGACGUUGUCAGUCCCUUUGCCUAUCUGGCAUACUAUAUCACACGACACUCGCCCGUCUUCGCGAAAUGCGAAGUAUCCUACAUCCCCGUGUUCCUCGGCGGGAUCAUCAAGGCGACGGGCAAUAGCGCGCCAAUUGCUGUAAAAAGCAUGUAUUCCCCCGCGCAACACAACAAGGCCAAAUGGAUCCACGUUGAGCGGCUCCGAUGGGCCCGCUAUUUCAAUGUCCCCAUGACCCUGAAACCGGCCAAAGGCUUCCCUGUUCAGACGCUGGCGCUCCAACGGGCGCUUUGCGCCAUGGCCUCCAAAGACCCGGGAAAAUUGGUGUCAUGCCUUGAUGCUCUCUACCACUCUCAUUGGGUGGAGGCAAAUCCUGAAAUCGGGAAACCAGAGGGCUUCAUGCCGAUUCUGGAACAGGUGGUGGGAAAGGAGGCUGCAGAAGGCGUUACCGAAAAGUCUGUCACAGAAGCGGUGAAGAGCAUGUUGGCUGCAAAUACCGAGAAGGCUAUUGACGCCGGAGCUUUCGGGCUUCCUUGGAUGGUAUGCACGAACUCAAAGGGAGAGACUGAAUCCUUCUUUGGUGUUGAUCAUUUCGGGCAAGUUGCUGCAUUCCUGGGGCUAGAAACCUUGCCUGAUAAAGGCUUCCGCUAUACCCUCUGA